AUGGAGGAGCUCGAACACACCUGCCCCCAUCCCCGGACGACCCUCACAGAGCCUGCCAUCUUUGCCCGAGAGAGCACCUGUGACUGUCGUGCACCUCAUGAGAAGCUGACCAUCGCGCAGGCUCGCAGAGGCACCCCAGUGGACCGGCCAGUCAGAGUCUACGCAGAUGGCAUCUUUGACCUGUUCCACUCUGGACAUGCUCGCGCUCUCAUGCAGGCCAAAAACUUAUUCCCAAAUACCUACCUCAUAGUAGGAGUGUGCAGCGAUGAGCUGACCCAUAAGUAUAAGGGCUUCACGGUCAUGACGGAGCAUGAGCGUUACGAGGCGCUGAGACACUGCCGCUACGUGGACGAGGUUUUGAGAGACGCGCCCUGGACUCUCACGCCUGACUUUCUAGAGAAACACAAGAUCGAUUUCGUGGCUCAUGACGACAUCCCAUACUCCUCAGCAGGAAGUGAGGAUGUUUAUAAACACAUCAAGGAGGCAGGAAUGUUUGUGCCCACGCAGCGUACAGAGGGAAUCUCAACCUCCGACAUAAUUACCAGAAUUGUCAGAGACUAUGACGUCUAUGCCCGACGCAACCUUCAGCGUGGCUACACAGCCAAGGAGCUCAACGUCAGCUACAUCAAUGAGAAGAAGUACCGGCUCCAGAACCAGGUGGACCGCAUGAAAGAAAAAGUACGCACAGUGGAGGAAAAGAGCAAACAUUUUGUUUACCGUGUGGAGGAGAAGAGUCACGACCUGAUUCAGAAAUGGGAAGAGAAAUCCAGAGAAUUCAUCGGAAACUUUCUCGAACUCUUCGGACCUGAUGGGACAUGGAAACAAGUGUUUCAGGAACGCAGCGGUCGGAUGUUGUCUUACGCUCUGUCCCCCAGAGAGUCACCCUGCAACAGUCCUCCCCGGGAACUCUCCCCCCUGCGCUCUCCCUCCCCCCCGUCUCCCCCCGCCCGCUGGUACAACGCCCGGCCGUCGCCUCCCACCUCCCCCAAAGGGGCCUGUGCCUCUAUAAGCAGCAUGAGCGAAGGCGACGAGGACGAGAAGUAG